AUGAAAACGUCUCGAAGUAAGCUACCGCGCACAGGGUUAGCUGCCCUCCUAGUAAACCUCGAAAUCCCUGGCGAAAUCCAACUCCCAAAUGGCUCCAUCGUCACCGUCGGUGCCGGCGAGCCCAAAUAUCGCGUGAUUUUCCGCUCCAAACGUGCCCUCCGCACCCCGAUGACAGAGCUGGGUGUCGGUCGUGCCUAUGUAUCAGGCGAUAUUCAAAUCGAAGGAGAUUUUGGCGCAUUAUUCGACGCGCGACAGAAACUACAGGAAAAAGUACCGCUCCGGCAGAAGCUACAGUUCCUAUACGACUACUUCCGGACUGCGACAACCAUGAACGCCGAAACCGUUGGAAAGCACUAUGGUCGCGGCGACGAGCUGUAUUUGAAAUUCAUCGAUAAACGGUUCAGGUUCUAUUCCCAAGGGCUGUUCAAACAUCCGGACGAGAGUAUCGAACGGGCUUCGGAGCAUAAACUCGAGACUAUGUUCAAAAGCCUCGACCUCAAGCCUGGAGCGAGGUUGCUAGACCUUGGUGGUGGAUGGGGCGGCGUGACGCAGUAUUGUGGUGCGAGAGGUGUGCACGUCACGACGCUGACUCUCACGGCUGACUCGGCGCGCUUUAUUCAGCGCCUCAUCUCUGAUAAUAACCUGCCGGGUCAGGUUUUCGUGCAGGAUUUUCUCGAUCAUAAACCCGACGAGCCCUAUGAUCACAUUGUCACCUUUGGCGUCAUCGAACACCUGCCUGACUACCGUAGAUUCGCUAGUCGUGUCUAUGAUGUGCUGAAGCCUGGCGGCCGAGUGUAUCUCGAUGGUUCGGCGGCCGUCACCAAGUUUGCGGUCAGUUCUUGGACUCGAGACUAUGUUUGGGGUGGUACGCAUACUUUCAUGACCGUUCAAGAUGUUAUGGCGGAGUUUCUUUAUCAUGGCUUUGAGGUUGUGGAGGUGGUUAGGGAAACGAGGGACUAUGAGUUGACUAUGCUGGAAUGGGCGAAGAGGUUUGAUUUGGUUAAGGAUGAGAUCAUUGCAGGCUGGGGAGAGGAAACGUAUCGUGUGUUUCGCGUGUUCUUGUGGGGCGGUACUCAUGCUUUCAGGACCAAUUCCCUGCAGGCGUAUCAUAUUGUCGCUGAGAAGACGGGUUCGUCGGGUCCGCGGCCGUCUACUUAUCGGCGUGUUGUCCAGUUCUUAGGGAAUCUUCGCUGA